AUGGCCCACACGCCGAUGAAGUCACUGGUAGCCCUUGCCACCGAGAAACUUCUUCUGAAGACCUCUGGCAACACGUUCCUCGAAGGGGUUGCCUUCAUGUACAGCGCGGGCCUAUCCCCAGAUCGGGUCUCCGUGAUGCGGACACAGGAAGACAAGAAGUACAUUUUGAUGUUCCACUCCAAAUGCGACAUCCGGCCAUUUGCGGCAAACUAUGCAUCGUUCGACAGAGUCCUCCGUGGACUCGUACACAUCCGCGCGUGGCACCUAAAAUCGAUUGAAUUCGUCGACAUCGAUUUCCGGUCAAAGGACAUGCCGCACUUGGAGAGGACGAUCGACAAACUUGGCGUUGACCUGGUCGUGUUGCGGAAUUGCACAUACCACGGAAUCCAGCCCGGCGAGGAAUCGCAGAAGCUUCUAAACGCGUUGAACAGGAAAAAGCAAGCGGUUGUCUGUGAAUACGGCGACACACGGCUGAAGCAUCGCUUAUGCCGACGCCCGACCGCACCUGCCCCCGACGUCCCUGCGCUUGGACAGCAAAACGUUCCCGAUGAUGAUGCCGUUUCAAUGAUGGCGCCGGCAGCACCACGUCCGCAGAAUCACAGGGCCAGACGCAACAUCCAAUGGAUCUUACUACCAGCCGGCCUCUACGCAAUUUCAAAGUUGGCCCAGAAGCUCGUCCCCGGCCCGCACAACCAACCUCGCCUCAGCUUCCGCGACAAAACUGUCCUGAUUACGGGUGCUUCAACGGGUCUUGGCCGCGCCCUGGCCACCGAGCUGUACGCACGUGGCGCAAAGCUGAUCCUCACCGCCCGCUCGAUUGACAAGCUUCGUGAGCUCGCCGAGGAGCUGAAGGCGUCUGGUGUCCAAAACAAGCACGAGCCGGCAUACCGAUACCUGGACAUUUGCGAGCCUACAGAUCUGGAAAAACUGGUCGAGCUGUCGAUCGACGGGAAGACGAUCGAUGUCCUCAUCAACAACGCCGGUCUCUCGAAUCGCGGCCCCAUUACCGACACGCCGAUCAAGGUUCAGCGACAAAUUAUGGAAGUAAACUACUUUGGCCACAUCACGGUGACAAAAGCCCUGCUGCCGUUUAUUCCGGACGAAGGGUGUAUCAUUGUUACGAGCAGCUUGCAAGGGCGCGUUGCAGUGCCAUAUCGAAGCGCAUAUUCGGCGAGUAAGCACGCUCUGCAGGGUUUCUUCGAUUCGAUGCGAGGCGAGGAGCGCCACAACCUGCAGAUCCUCAUCGUGUCGGCUGGCUAUAUGAAUACCGGAUUUGGCGCAAAGGCCCUUGACAUCAAUGGGCAACCAGUGGCAAAGGAGGACCAGGACCAAGCCAAGGGCUAUUCUUCAGAAUAUUCGGCCAAAGCUAUCCUGGAUUCCGCGGAAAGAAGAGACAUCGAGCUCAUCCUAGCCCCGUUCGUCCACAGAACCGGAAUUUUCUUGAGAUGGCUUUGGCCGACUCUUUUCUACCGCCUGAUGUACAAGCGCAGUCUCAGGGAUGAAUACGGGAAGAAGCAACAA